UACGGAUAGUACGAUUUAGCCCGUUAGUUACCCUAGGUACUCUUGUUGUAUGUAUGUAUGUAUGUACGGAUUACUGAAGUUCGAGCCCAGGCAACUAAGGUAAUCGAUAAGCUCGGCCUGCAGCUAGCUCCCCGCGAUGGCAAGCUCCGCGUCACCUGAAGUAUGCCUACCGCGUCUCUAGGAAUCUACAUACCAUUGCCGCCACUUCUCUGAAUCUAAAACGCCGGUCUUGCUUCCACCUAAUCAACCAUUUAAGCUGCUUCUUGCCCGUCUUCUUUCUGCUUGCCAGCUCCACAACUAAUCGCAAUAAUCCGCCCAUCAUGGCGACACAGUACGAAGUCGAACACAACAUCAAACCCGCCGCCACCGCCCCCCGGCGGCGGCGACAAAUCGACAUGUCCACCUUCAACGCCCACCUGCACAACCUCCUUCCCGACUCCAGCAGUUCCGCCUCGCAGACGGCGCAAGCCGGCGACCGGCAGGAACAACAGCACCCCCGCCACCACAACCCGCACGCCGUCCCCAACCCCUCCGACACCUCGGCCCUCUUCCGGCUCAUCCAGGACCAGAUGGGCACGCUGGCCACGACGGCGCCGACCGAGAGCAACCGCGCCUUCCUGCAGUCGCUCGUGGAGGCGCUCGAGCUCGACGUCGCGCACCCGCCGCGGCAGAUCGAAGGGGUGUCGCAGGAGUUCCUGGACGGGCUGGACCGCGUGCCGCGCCGGGCGCUGCGCGACGACGACGUCUGCCCCAUCUGCGCGGAGCGCUACCUCGACGACCCUUACUGCCUCGUCGUCGAGCUGCCCUGCCACGCCAGCCACCGGUUCGACCUCGAGUGCGUCGGGCCCUGGUUGCGGGGCAAGGGGACCUGUCCCAUGUGCCGGAAGGAGCUGGGCAAGAGGAAAGAGGUGGUCGUUGCUCCGAAACGGGACGGGGAAGGAGGGGAGGAGGACGAGGACGACGAGGACGACGAUAUGAACGGGUUGUAUGCUUGAGUUAAGGCUAUCGGGGUUUGGGGUGGUGGGAGGUUGUCUUUGUUCUCCUCAAGUCCGGUAUGUCAACCAUGGGGUUUCCCCCCCCCCGGGAUCAUUAUUCCGUAAUG